AAGCCUUCAUUUGCAACAACAAAAUUUGGUGCUUCCGACGGGCGUCGGUACCUAUUCCUCUUGUUCUUUAAUUGUUUCAAUUGCUUAGUCACGAAUUUUCACGUUCUACAAUCUUCGCCUUUGGGUUUCACCAUCUCUGAUCGAAUUGGGUUUGGGCACGAUGAGUGAGGUGUUUGAAGGGUAUGAGCGCCAAUACUGCGAGCUCUCAGCGAACCUCUCAAGAAAGUGCACUUCGGCUGGUGCUCUAAAUGGAGAGCAAAAGAAGCAAACGGUUUCUGAAGUGAAGGCUGGGAUUGAUGAAGCAGAAGCUCUGAUUCGAAAAAUGGAUCUUGAGGCCAGAAGUUUGCCUCCUAAUGUCAAGGCUGUCCUUCUGGCUAAAUUAAGAGAGUACAAAUCUGACCUCAACAAUUUGAAAAGUGAAGUUAAACGCAUUGAAUCCGGAAACUUAAAUGCAGCCACUAGAGAUGAGUUGCUGGAAUCAGGAAUGGCUGAUACACUGACGGCAUCGACUGAUCAAAGAGCAAGAUUAAUGACCACAACAGAGAGGCUAGGUAAGUCUAGUGAUAGAAUUAAGGAAAGUCGAAAAACCAUGCUAGAAACAGAAGAACUUGGAGUUUCAAUUCUUCAAGAUUUGCACUCGCAGCGACAGUCUCUCUUGCAUGCUCAUAAUACGCUUCAUGGAGUAGAUGACAACAUUGACAAGAGUAAGAGAGUUUUAACCAACAUGUCAAGAAGGAUGAACAAGAACAAAUGGAUUGUUACAUCCAUUAUUGUUGUCCUUGUCUUGGCCAUUGUCCUGAUUUUGUACUUCAAACUUUCUAAAUAGCAAGCUUAUCUCCUUCAUUUGGGUGUUGCUUGUUGAAACAUGACUUCGUGUUUUCUUUUCUUUUUUUCUUUGUGGUCUGUUGUGAGUUUGCACAAUGACUCGUGUCAAGAUUAACUAUUUCUUGCCUGCGUCUCAGUCUUCUGUGUUCAAGAAACAAUAUUAAUGAUGUAUAAGGUUUACCCAACAUUUAAUAUACUGUUUCUAAUACCUUACAGGACAUGGUAUUCGUUUA